CAAACAAAUAAAACCUCUUUUUUCUUCCUCUUUUUUCCCUUUCCAUCUUUCUAUCUAUCUCUCUCUAUCUGUUGGUGUAGUGGGACACUGCGUUUGAUUAGAGAUCUGUUUAUUCAGCAGGUUCUUCCCUUUGAAGUUCGCAAUUUGAAUUCCAGAGAAAGAUGAAAGGUGCAGUACUGGUGGCUAUUGCCGCUUCCAUAGGCAAUUUUCUUCAAGGAUGGGAUAAUGCUACUAUUGCUGGUGCCGUUGUUUACAUUAAGAAAGACCUUGCUUUGCAAACAACUGUGGAAGGGCUUGUGGUGGCCAUGUCCCUCAUCGGAGCGACGGUGAUCACGACGUGCUCCGGUCCCAUCUCGGAUUGGCUUGGGCGCAGGCCCAUGUUGAUAAUCUCAUCAUUGCUCUAUUUUUUGGGUAGUUUGGUGAUGCUAUGGUCCCCUAAUGUGUAUGUGUUGUGCCUGGCAAGGUUACUUGAUGGAUUUGGGAUUGGUCUUGCUGUUACUCUUGUUCCUGUUUAUAUAUCUGAGACUGCCCCAUCUGAGAUUAGGGGAUCCUUGAAUACACUUCCCCAAUUCAGUGGUUCUGGGGGCAUGUUUCUGUCCUAUUGUCUGGUUUUCUGGUUCUCAUUCAGUGCCUCUCCUAACUGGAGAGUAAUGCUUGGGAUUCUUUCCAUUCCUUCUCUUUUUUAUUUCCUGUUGACAAUCUUUUUCUUGCCGGAGUCUCCCCGGUGGCUCGUCAGCAAAGGGAAGAUGCUUGAGGCUAAAAAGGUUCUCCAAAGAUUGCGCGGCAGGGAAGAUGUGGCCGGUGAGAUGGCAUUGCUGGUUGAAGGUCUUGGGGUUGGAGGUGAUACAACUAUAGAAGAGUAUAUAAUAGGCCCUGCAGAUGAGGAUGGAGAAGGUCAAAUACAAACAGCAGAGAAAGACAAAGUCCGAUUAUACGGAUCCCAAGCUGGCCUCUCGUGGUUAGCAAAACCUGUUACUGGACAGAGUUCUCUAGGUCUUGUGUCACGCCAUGGAAGCAUUGUCAACCAAAGCAUGCCUCUCAUGGACCCUGUUGUGACCCUAUUUGGCAGCGUUCAUGAGAAGCUCCCUGAACAAGGAAGCAUGCGCAGCACCCUAUUUCCACAUUUUGGAAGCAUGUUCAGCACAGCUGAUCCUCAUGCCAAAAAUGAACAGUGGGACGAGGAGAGCCUACAAAGAGAAGGCGAGGAGUACGCAUCAGAAGCGGGUGGAGACUCCGAUGACAAUCUGCAAAGUCCCUUGAUCUCGCGUCAAACAACAAGCAUCGAAAAGGAAAUGCCACCUCCUCCUUCUCAUGGCAGUAUACUGAGCAGCAUGAGACGUCACAGUAGUCUCAUGCAAGGUGAACCAGUUGGUAGCACUGGUAUUGGCGGUGGCUGGCAACUAGCAUGGAAAUGGAAUGAGAAAGGUGAGGAUGGGAAAAAGGAAGGAGGGUUUAAAAGGAUUUACUUGCACCAGGAGGCUGGUCCAGUCCCAAGUAAAGGAUCUGUUGUGUCGAUUCCUGGCGAAGGUGACUUUGUCCAGGCUGCUGCAUUGGUAAGCCAGCCUGCUCUUUACUCCAAGGAGCUUAUUGGUGGGCAGCCAGUUGGCCCUGCAAUGGUUCACCCAUCUGAGACCGCUUCAAAGGGGCCAAUUUGGAAAGCUCUUCUCGAACCAGGCGUUAAGCAUGCAUUGGUUGUUGGAAUUGGAAUACAACUACUUCAGCAGUUUUCUGGUAUAAAUGGUGUUCUAUAUUACACUCCUCAAAUCCUUUCAGAGGCCGGCGUUGAAGUUCUCCUUGCCGAUUUGGGCAUCGGCUCAGAGUCUGCAUCUUUCCUUAUCAGUGCUUUAACAACCUUGUUGAUGCUUCCAUGUAUAGCCAUAGCGAUGAGGCUCAUGGAUGUUUCUGGCAGAAGGCAGCUGCUGCUCACUACAAUUCCAGUGCUGAUAGUGUCACUCAUCAUUUUGGUCAUUGGGAGCGUCGUAAAUUUUGGCAGUGUUGUCCAUGCAGCAAUUUCAACUGUAUGCGUUGUUGUUUACUUCUGUUGCUUUGUGAUGGCUUAUGGACCGGUUCCAAACAUCCUUUGCUCAGAGAUCUUUCCGACAAGGGUGCGUGGGCUCUGCAUUGCCAUCUGCGCUUUGGUGUUCUGGAUCGGAGAUAUCAUAGUGACAUACACGCUGCCCGUGAUGCUCAGUACUAUAGGACUCAGUGGAAUCUUUGGCAUUUAUGCGGUUGUGUGUUUGAUCUCGUGGAUAUUUGUGUUUUUGAAGGUCCCUGAAACAAAGGGAAUGCCCCUUGAAGUCAUCACGGAAUUCUUUGCUGUUGGUUCUAAGCAGGCUGUUGCUGCCAAGAAUGAGUGACGGGAUUCGUUGUAUACAUCUGCUAUGUUUGUGGCUAAAGCCAAAAUCUCUCAUGUUUAUAGAUUUUGCUUGUCAUUAAGUUUUUAAUUGGAGGAGAAUAUGUUCUGGUUAUCAAGCAUAUGGAUGUAUUUUUUCUUCUCUCGUAUACUAAAAUUUUGCAUUUUAUAGUGAUAAAGCUUUUGAUUUCAA